GACUGCAUUGACUGCUGUAUUGACAACAGAUUAUACAGGGGACAGAGGGAGCUGUUGGGAACUGUUGUAAUUACCAGAGAAGAGACAAAUGAUGAUGGCUGGGACGUGAGUAGAAGCUAUGAAGUCAGCAGGCUGCACUGAUGGAUAUGGAAAGAGAGGGCUCUAUGCCUCACUAACUAAAAGACAUGAAGAAGGAGCAGGGUUUUUGUUUUUGUUUUGGCAGGGAGGUGUUUGGGGAGGUUGUGUUGGAAAACCAAGUGGAUGUUGAAUAUACAUUGGAUAUACAAAUCUAAAGUUCAGAGAAAGAUUGGGCUGAAGAAAUAAAUUUGGGAAUUAAAUUGUUGGUAAUAAGGCCACUGUAACCAUGGCUAGUUCCGACGUGAAACCAAAAUCAAUAAGUCGCGCCAAAAAAUGGUCAGAAGAGAUAGAAAAUCUGUACAGAUUUCAACAAGCGGGAUAUCGGGAUGAAAUUGAAUAUAAACAAGUGAAACAAGUUUCUGUGGUAGACCGCUGGCCAGAGACAGGAUACGUGAAGAAACUUCAGAGAAGGGACAAUACAUUCUAUUACUACAACAAACAGAGGGAAUGUGACGACAAGGAGGUCCACAAAGUGAAAAUUUAUGCUUACUAGCCUGUCUUCUUGGUGUUGCUUGUCGAUUACAUUUUAAGAAUUGAUCAUUUCCUUCUACAUUGCGUAAAUGUUUGUCAUUUUAUGAAAUAAUGCAAAAUGCAGUCUUCAGCUUAAUGUUUGGUGAAACACAAAGCCAUGAGAAUUGGUGUCUGUUCAUCACCUUGUCCUGUUCUAGGAACUGGCUGCAGAUGCAUUAAAGUUGUACCUUCUCGGUCCUGA